AUGAGCUUUGAAAAUGAAUUUUUGCCUUUUUGGAAGAAGUUUAUAACUAAUUCUGAUACGAGAAAACAACUAAAUGAAGAAAAGAAAAUAGAUGACAAAGGUGAGGAAAAGAUAAUUAAAAAGGGCAUCCAAUUGGCGAAUUUCAAUGGAAAAUAUGAAAGUCCUAGAAAACCUACUACUGAAGAAACUCUGUCGACAAUUACGGAAGCCGUUGAUGUUCUUGCUGCUGCCUCAACUGGAUUAGGAUUAGUUGGUGGAACUGUUCUUGGUGAAAUGACCGACGAUAACUCUGGAGACAAUAAUGACAACAAACGAAGAAAGGAUUUAGAAAAUUUAAGAAAAGAUAAAGAAGAAAUUGCACAGAAAAUAAAACAAAAUGAUGAUGAAAUGGAUAGAUUAAGAGCAAUUAUUAACGAUCCAAAUCGGAGCGAAGACGAUAAGAAUAAUGCCAGAAAACAAUUAAUUAUACUAGAAGGCGAAAACAAUAAUUUGAAAAACCGACUAAGAGAUUUAGAGGAUAAGAUGAAAAAUAUGGAAAAGGAUAGACCACCAAUGCCCACUGCCCCUUCAAUUCCUUGA